AUGGCCAAGCAGAUGGGCGCGUACGACUCGGGCUUCCUCGGCGCGGGGGGCUCGCCCCGCUCUACGAUGGACGCCCUCUACGACAUCUUCGACGAGCUGGCCGAGGAGCCCAACGACCUCGAGCCGCUCGACGCCGUUGGGCUCGCCUCUGCGCUCGAGGAGGAGGAGCCGGGGCCGGAGGACACGUCGCUGGCCGAGGCGGUCGAGGCGAUCCUCGCCAUCGACAAGAUUAUGAACGACCUCCGCAUCAACGCCCUCGACCUCUCCAGCCUCCGCUCCGUCCGACGCGUCCUCGUGCGCGCGCGCGACGCCCUCCUCCAGUUCUCUCCGCAACACCUCGUGGGCGCGGCGCGCGCCUACACCGUGGCGGGGCGGCCGGUCCCCGCGCUCCUCGAGGUGCUCGUGGCCCAGUACCAGAAGCCGCUCGCUUCGUGCCACCCGCCCCCGUCGCCUUGCGCACCUGGCUGCGCCAACCUGCCGAUUGCAAACCUCGCCGCGGCGAUGGACCUGAACCGGCGCGAGGCGCAGCUCCACGAGGGGUGGCAGACCAAGCCCUUCGCGGUGCAGCCCUCGGCCCGCCCCACCGUGGUUGUCGUCCCCGUCGACGUCUCGCGCUACGCCCGCAUCUGA